AUGGGCAACGACGGAGGAUCAAUCCCGAAGCGCGUCGACCUCGUCAAGUCGAAGCAGAAGCGUGUGCGUGAGGACGACAAGGACCGAGUAAGGCAGCUGUGGGCUUUCUGUGCGCUGUCCAAGCAACCUCUGCGGCAACCAGUCGUCUCGUGCCCGUACGGCCGGCUGUACAACAAAGAAGCCAUCAUCUCGUACCUGCUGAACCCGCCGACCGCUUCCGACACCUCCACUCCCUUCGGCUCCGAUGGUCAACUCGUCGCCGGCCACAUUCGAUCCCUCAAGGACGUCACGACCCUCCGCCUGACGCCCAACCCCGCGCUCGAAGGCGAGGAAGACGAGACGCGCGCCGGCGACAACCCCCCUGCGCAGUUCGUCUGCCCCAUCUCGCUGAGGGAGAUGAACGGCAGCGUGAGGUUCGUGUACCGCAAGCUGUGCGGGUGCGUGAUGAGCGAGGCGGCGUUGCGUGAGAUGCGGCGCGGGAUGGACAAGAAAGGUUCGAACGGGGAGGAUAAGGGCGAGUUGGGUGAUGAGCGGGUUUGUCCGGUUGAUGGUGAGCGGAGCGAGGUCAAGGAGGACUGGGUCACGAUCAACCCGAAGGAGGACGAGUUGGAGGAGAUGAAAAUCCGGUGGGAGGCGAGGAAGAAGCAGGAGAAGGAGGACCGCAAGGCGGCCAAGGCGGCGAAGCGCAAGAACGGCGACGCGGCACCCGCUGCGGACGACGGCGAUGACCGCAAGGCGAAGAAGACCAAGACGGACAAGCUUGCGGCCGCGGCCGAAGCGCAGGCUAAGGCGGCUGCUCCGGCUAUCAAGGCUGGCUCGUCGGUUGCGGGCCUGUCGGCGUCGCUCCAGGCCAAGCUCGCCGAGCAGAAGAAGCAGCAGAGUCCCGCCAUCGCGUCGCUCUACCGCACUAAGCCCGAGAACGAGAUGAAGGACAAGGACGGCCGGAGCAACUGGAUGACGAUUGGAGCGUACUCGCGAUUCUGA